UAAUAUAAUUAAAGAAAGAGGUUGAAUUAUUUUAAAUUCGUGAUCUUAGUAAAAUUUUAUUACCUUCAGUUCUUAUAUAAAAGGUGUUCUAUUUCGCCAACCCGAAAUAUGGAGCGAGAAGAAGACGAGGAGCCGCCGCUCGCCGUCGCGAUCGACGGCGUCGUUGGCGGAGGGGUUGCACCAGGUCCGUCCGAUGAGGGGAACUCUGGUCGACGGCCAGAUCUUCUUCCAGAAGCUCAACCGGUCGGGGUCACCGUCAUCACGGGAUAUCUCGGCGCCGGCAAGUCAACGUUGGUGAAUUAUAUAUUGAAUGGGCAACACGGGAAGAGAAUAGCAGUAAUACUGAACGAGUUUGGUGAGGAGAUAGGAGUCGAGCGAGCAAUGAUCAACGAGGGAGAAGGUGGAGCUCUUGUGGAGGAGUGGGUCGAGCUUGCAAACGGCUGCAUUUGCUGCACGGUUAAGCACAGCUUGGUUCAAGCACUCGAGCAGCUUGUUCAGAGAAAGGAAAGGCUCGACCAUAUAUUACUGGAGACUACAGGUUUAGCAAACCCCGCCCCUCUUGCUUCUGUUCUUUGGUUGGAUGACCAAUUGGAAUCGGAUGUUAGGCUCGACUCAAUUAUCACUGUUGUUGAUGCCAAAAACCUCAGAUAUCAGCUCAAAUCACAUCACGACUCCUCGUCUUUUCCUGAAGCGUAUCAUCAAAUUGCAUUUGCGGAUGUUGUGAUUCUUAAUAAAGUCGAUCUGGUGGGUGAUGAUGAUUCUGGAGUUCACAUAGAAGAUCUGGAAAAAGACAUACAUAAUAUUAAUUCACUUGCCAAAGUUAUCCGUACUUUUCGCUGCCAAGUUGAUUUGUCCAUGAUACUGAACUGUCAAGCUUAUGAUUCGAAACAUGCCAAUCACUUCCAGACUUUACUGAGAGAAAGUCAAUCUCUUUCCACCAAUGAUAUUCAUGACAGUGGUGUAAGAACACUCUGCAUUUCCGAGCCGAAGACAGUUGAUCUUGAGAAGGUUAAGAUUUGGAUAGAAGAGAUCCUUUGGGAAAAGAAAUACGGCAUGGAUGUUUACCGAUGCAAAGGAGUUUUAAGUAUUUCAAAUUCGGACCAGUUAUAUACCCUGCAGGCUGUGAGGGAAGUGUACGAGAUAGUUCCGAGCCGCAACUGGAAAGAUGACGAGAACAGAAUUAACAAAAUUGUCUUUAUUGGUCGAUCAUUAGAUGAAGAGAUCUUAGUUAAUGCAAUGCGAGUUUGCACCGUAUAAAGCUGCAGCUUUCUGACCUAUCGGCAUGCAGAUUAGAUGUCGUAAAUUUCCGUGUUAUUUUUAUUUUUAUUUUUCCAACUUUUCUUCCUUCUUACUUAGAAAUUGAUGUGUUCCGUCAAUGAAAUUUUGUCAUAAGGUUAUACUAUUGACCGAAAUUUGUUUGUAAAUUGUAAUUCUUGCCUUGUAAAAGAAUGUGUUUCUUGAGGACCAAAUUAUGAACUUUAUGUGAUGGCAGUGUGCUACAAAUUAAUUUGUA